UAUGAUUCCAUACGUUCCUGGUGACAUUAAAUCAGAUUUUUAUAUAUCAGAAAUAGAAUCACAAAUUGAGCAUUUAGACACCAACCAAGUUUUAAUUACCAACUUAUCAUCAACAAUUUCCUCAAAGAAUUUAAUUUUUAUUGGAGACGUUCAUGGAUCAUUGAAAGAACUUAAGAAACUUUUAAAAAAAAUUCAAUAUAAUUCAACGAACGAUCAUUUGAUAUUUGUUGGAGAUCUAGUAGCUAAAGGCCCCGAAUCACUAGAAGUUGUUAGAUUGGUUAAAGAAUUAGGAAAGCUUUAUGAAUUCAUUUCUUCGUGCCCUAUCGUGAUUGACAUCCCAGAACAAGAUAUAUAUGUAGUUCAUGCGGGUCUUUUACCAGACGUACCUAUUGAUCAACAGAAUCCAGAAGACAUGAUGACUAUGCGGUCUUCGUUAACACCAAAAACAGUCAUAUAUGGUCAUGACGCAUCACGUGGGUUAAACAUUAAAGAAUUCACAUUUGGAUUGGAUUCAAGAUGUGUUUAUGGUGGGGAAUUAACUGCAUUGAAAUGGAAUGAAGGAAAAAGUAUUCACA